AUGCAGGGGUCCUUCUAUGGAGUUAUCUCUCAAACAACCUUUCCAGAUCCAGCCACUACUCAGCAAUCGCAAGGAGAAGCCUAUAUGCAGCUUUUCCCCACUGUUACAGGAUCAGUUCAAGGCGACGACCCAGCAUCCUCUUCGGUUAUACAGCUGGGAGGCGUGUCAUACCCUGGAACAACAUCCCUUUCGGCCAUCCAGGGGCUGCCGAAUCUGAACGGGGCUACACAAUCGCCAGCCAUUUCCACCAUUCCACUGCAGUCUCUCCAACAAAUACCUCCUGCUAGCUUUGGGACUAACAGCAUAGCUAGGCUAGGGGCCUUCCCUAAUGUGUCCAAUCUGCCUGGGAUUUGGCCGACAGGCAUCUGUCAAGGAGCGCCGCACACCAUUCCCUCUCUACAGCCGGGAAUCUCCUGUUAUCCUUACUUGCCUAACAAUGUGUUUCCCGGACAAUUUUCUGGCUCACCUCGGACAACCUUGGUUGGAAGUAGAUAUGGUUAUCCACAAUCCGCUGUCUCUGACCCUUCUACCGCUGAGACUGAACCCAUCACCAGAGUUGACACACACAAACGCCUCUCUGCCUCUGAUUGGCGCAAAAUCAUGGAUAUGCACAAGGAAGAUACGCCGAUUAGAACCAUUAUGAAUACAUUUGGAGUCUCGCGCUCCCAGGUUUACAGGAUAAUCAGACUAAAAGGCAUCAAACCAAAUAAUCGCGAUGAGAACAAGAGGCUGGGGAGACCAAAGGGUCUAAGCGAUGAAGAAACAGCAAUGAUCCGCGAGAUGUGUAAAAAUAAGAAUAAGUCAUUGACACGGAUGCUCGAUGAGCUCAUAACCAGUGGGACCCUAACUAGGGUCAUCUCUGUGUCCACGCUGUCCCGCAUUCUCAGGUCCUCUCAGGUCGAUGAGUAA